UCCGAGUCUGCAUCCGCGCCGCCUUUUAUCGCCGCCCGCAUAGGGCCCAGCUGACGGGCCUCGUUGUUUACGGGCCGAGCAGCCCUUGCUCCCGCCGCCCGCCCGCCACCCGCCAGCCCUGGUGCCUGCCCACCAGUCUGUGCGUCCUUCUGUCCUCUCGUCCGUUUGUCCUGGCGCCGGCAGAUUGCGGCCCAGAGCGGUCGGAGCCGAGAGCUGAGAGGUCCGGGGCGCAGCGUGGUGCUACCGGCCCUGAGAUCUCGGCCCGGGGCCCGGGCCGCAGUGGCCCGGGGUUGGGGCCGCGCCGCGGGAUUUGUAGCGGCUGAGGCCGCGCACCCCUCCCGAGGCUGAUUUAAGAGUCCUCCUCGGCCAGGACUGCGGCCCGUGGGGCUGCCGGCGUAGAAGAGGAGGAGGCAGGGUCCUCAGCGCCUCCCAGGCGGCCACCUCGGAGCAUGACCCCCACAGGCUGGCGCCGCGCGCUCUGAUCCACCGGGAUCCGUGCUCCCGCAGCCAUGGACGCUGGGGGCAGGCGGGGGGCGACCGCCGCGCCUAUGCUGGUGGCUGUGGCCGCGCUGCUGGUGGGCGCCGCGGGCCACCUGUAUCCUGGAGAGGUGUGCCCCGGCAUGGAUAUCCGGAACAACCUCACAAGGUUGCACGAGCUGGCCAACUGCUCCGUCAUCGAAGGACAUUUGCAGAUACUAUUGAUGUUCAAAACGAGGCCCGAGGAUUUCCGAGACCUCAGUUUCCCCAAACUCAUCAUGGUCACUGAUUACUUGCUGCUGUUCCGGGUCUAUGGGCUGGAGAGCCUGAAGGACCUGUUCCCCAACCUCACAGUCAUACGGGGCUCCCGUCUCUUCUUCAACUAUGCGCUGGUCAUCUUCGAGAUGGUUCACCUGAAGGAGCUUGGCCUCUACAACCUGAUGAACAUCACCCGGGGCUCUGUCCGCAUCGAGAAGAACAAUGAGCUCUGCUACCUGGCCACCAUCGACUGGUCACGCAUCCUGGAUUCGGUGGAGGAUAAUUACAUUGUGCUGAACAAAGAUGACAACGAGGAAUGUGGGGACAUCUGUCCAGGCACUGCGAAGGGCAAGACCAACUGCCCUGCCACCGUCAUCAACGGGCAGUUUGUUGAGCGGUGUUGGACUCACAACCAUUGCCAGAAAGUCUGCCCCACCAUCUGUAAGUCGCACGGCUGCACCGCCGAAGGCCUCUGCUGCCACAGCGAGUGCCUGGGCAAUUGCUCUGAGCCCGAUGACCCCACCAAGUGCGUGGCCUGCCGCAACUUCUAUCUGGACGGCAGGUGUGUGGAGACCUGCCCGCCCCCGUACUAUCACUUCCAAGACUGGCGCUGCGUGAACUUCAGCUUCUGCCAGGACCUGCACAACAAAUGCAAGAAUUCUCGGAGGCAGGGCUGCCACCAGUAUGUCAUUCAUAACAACAAGUGCAUCCCUGAGUGUCCCUCUGGGUACACGAUGAAUUCUAGCAACUUGAUGUGCACUCCGUGUCUGGGCCCCUGUCCCAAGGUCUGUCACCUCCUAGAAGGCGAGAAGACCAUCGACUCAGUGACGUCUGCCCAGGAGCUCCGAGGCUGCACCGUUGUCAAUGGAAGCCUUAUCAUCAACAUUCGAGGCGGCAACAACCUGGCAGCUGAGCUAGAGGCCAACCUCGGCCUUAUUGAGGAAAUUUCAGGGUAUCUGAAAAUCCGCCGUUCCUAUGCCCUCGUGUCACUUUCCUUCUUCCGGAAGUUACGUCUGAUUCGGGGGGAUACCUUGGAAGUCGGGAACUACUCUUUCUACGCCUUGGACAACCAGAACCUAAGGCAGCUGUGGGACUGGAGCAAACACAACCUCACCAUCACUCAGGGGAAACUUUUCUUCCAUUAUAAUCCCAAACUCUGCUUGUCGGAAAUUCACAAGAUGGAGGAAGUUUCAGGAACGAAGGGGCGCCAGGAAAGGAAUGACAUUGCCCUGAAGACCAAUGGGGACCAGGCGUCCUGUGAAAAUGAAUUACUUAAAUUUUCUUUUAUUCGGACAUCUUAUGAUAAGAUCAUGCUGAAAUGGGAGCCAUACUGGCCCCCUGACUUCCGAGACCUCCUGGGGUUCAUGCUGUUCUACAAAGAGGCCCCUUAUCAGAAUGUGACGGAGUUCGAUGGGCAGGAUGCGUGUGGCUCCAACAGCUGGACAGUGGUGGACAUUGACCCUCCUCUGAGGUCCAAUGACCCUAAGUCACAGAACCAUCCCAGAUGGCUGAUGUGGGGUUUGAAGCCCUGGACCCAGUAUGCCAUCUUUGUCAAGACCUUGGUUACCUUUUCUGAUGAACGUCGCACAUAUGGGGCCAAGAGCGACAUCAUCUAUGUCCAGACAAAUGCCACCAAUCCUUCUGUCCCCCUGGAUCCCAUCUCGGUUUCUAAUUCCUCAUCCCAGAUUAUCCUGAAGUGGAAGCCUCCCUCUGACCCCAACGGCAACAUCACUCACUACCUGGUUUUCUGGGAGAGGCAGGCAGAAGACAGUGAGCUGUACGAGUUGGAUUAUUGCCUCAAAGGGUUGAAGCUGCCCUCCCGGACCUGGUCUCCACCGUUCGAGUCGGAGGGUUCCCAGAAGCACAACCAGAGUGAGCACGAGGCAUCUGCGGGCGAGUGUUGCUCCUGCCCGAAGACCGACUCUCAGAUCCUGAAGGAGCUGGAGGAGUCCUCGUUCCGGAAGACGUUUGAGGACUACCUGCACAACGUGGUCUUCGUCCCCAGGCCAUCGAGGAAACGCAGGGCCCUUGGUGACGUGGCAAAUGUGACAACGGUCAUGCCCACAGCUGCUGCUUUCCCCAAUACCUCCUCGACCAGCACGCCCACGAGCUCGGAGGAGCACCGGCCCUUCGAGAAAGUAGUGAACAAAGAGUCUCUGGUCAUCUCCGGCCUGCGCCACUUCACUGGCUAUCGCAUCGAGCUACAGGCUUGCAACCAAGAUUCCCCUGAGGAAAGAUGCAGCGUAGCGGCCUAUGUCAGUGCCAGGACCAUGCCCGAAGCCAAGGCAGAUGACAUUGUUGGUCCCGUGACCCAUGAAAUCUUCGAGAACAAUGUUGUUCACUUGAUGUGGCAGGAGCCGAAGGAACCCAAUGGUCUGAUUGUGCUGUACGAAGUGAGUUAUCGACGGUACGGCGAUGAGGAGCUGCACCUCUGUGUCUCCCGCAAGCAUUUCGCUCUGGAGCGGGGCUGCAGGCUGCGCGGGCUGCCUCCGGGGAAUUACAGCGUUCGAGUCCGGGCCACCUCCCUGGCGGGCAACGGCUCCUGGACAGAAGCCACCUAUUUCUAUGUGACAGACUAUUUGGACGUCCCAUCGAAUAUUGCAAAAAUUAUCAUUGGCCCCCUCAUCUUUGUCUUCCUCUUCAGUGUUGUGAUUGGAAGUAUUUAUCUAUUCCUGAGAAAGAGGCAGCCGGAUGGGCCGCUGGGACCGCUGUAUGCUUCUUCAAACCCUGAGUACCUCAGUGCCAGCGAUGUGAGGAGUAGUGUUCCCUGUUCUGUGUAUGUGCCAGACAAGUGGGAGGUGCCCCAGGAGAAGAUCGCCCUCCUGCGAGAGCUGGGCCAGGGCUCCUUCGGCAUGGUGUAUGAGGGCAACGCCAGGGACAUCGUCAAGGGCGAGGCAGAGACCCGCGUGGCAGUGAAGACAGUCAACGAGUCGGCCAGUCUGCGUGAGCGGAUUGAGUUUCUCAACGAGGCCUCGGUCAUGAAGGGCUUCACCUGCCAUCAUGUGGUCCGCCUCCUGGGGGUGGUGUCCAAAGGGCAGCCAACACUGGUGGUGAUGGAGUUGAUGGCUCAUGGAGACCUGAAGAGCUACCUCCGUUCCCUGCGGCCUGAAGCUGAGAAUAAUCCCGGCCGCCCUCCCCCGACCCUGCAAGAGAUGAUUCAGAUGGCAGCAGAGAUCGCCGACGGGAUGGCAUACCUGAAUGCCAAGAAGUUUGUGCACCGGGACCUCGCAGCUCGAAACUGCAUGGUCGCCCACGAUUUUACCGUCAAAAUCGGAG